GCUGUCAGCGCUGAGCACAGCACCCAGGGAGAGGGACAGACAGCCGGCUGCAUGGGACAGCGGAACCCAGAGUGAGAGGCGAGGUGGCCAGACAGACAGCAGGGGCAGAGACAGAGAGCCGGGAUAGGGAGGCCGACACGGACAUCGACAACCCAUAGAUUUUAACCCAGGGAGCCCCGGCCCCUCUCGCCGCUUCCCACCCCAGACGGAGCGGGGACAGGCUGCCGAGCAUCCUCCUACCCGUCCGCCCGGUCCUGCCUCCUCGGCUCCUACCAGCUUCCCCGGCUUGAACACACAGGGCGUCCGAGGACGCGCUGGGCCUCCGCACCCACCCUCAUGAAGGCCGUGGAGACCGGGGAACGGCCCACCUUCGGAGCCUGGGACUAUGGGGUCUUUGCCCUCAUGCUCCUGGUGUCCACUGGCAUUGGGCUAUGGGUCGGGCUGGCUCGGGGCGGGCAGCGCAGCGCUGAGGACUUCUUCACCGGGGGCCGGCGCCUGGCGGCCCUGCCCGUGGGCCUGUCGUUGUCCGCCAGCUUCAUGUCCGCGGUGCAGGUGCUGGGCGUGCCGUCGGAGGCCUAUCGCUACGGCCUCAAGUUCCUCUGGAUGUGCCUGGGCCAGCUUCUGAACUCGGUCCUCACCGCCCUGCUCUUCAUGCCCGUCUUCUACCGCCUGGGCCUCACCAGCACCUACGAGUAUCUGGAGAUGCGCUUCAGCCGCGCGGUGCGGCUCUGCGGGACGUUACAGUACAUUGUAGCCACGACGCUGUACACUGGCAUCGUGAUCUACGCACCGGCCCUCAUCCUGAACCAAGUGACCGGGCUGGACAUCUGGGCGUCGCUCCUGUCCACCGGAAUUAUCUGCACCUUCUACACGGCUGUGGGCGGCAUGAAGGCUGUGGUCUGGACUGAUGUGUUCCAGGUCGUGGUGAUGCUAAGUGGUUUCUGGGUUGUCCUGGCCCGCGGUGUCAUGCUUGUGGGUGGGCCCCGCCAGGUGCUUACCCUGGCCCAGAACCACUCCCGGAUCAACAUGAUGGACUUUAACCCUGACCCGAGGAGCCGCUAUACAUUCUGGAGUUUCAUCGUGGGUGGCACGUUGGUGUGGCUCUCCAUGUAUGGCGUGAACCAGGCGCAGGUACAGCGCUACGUGGCUUGUCGCACAGAGAAGCAGGCCAAGUUGGCCCUGCUGAUCAACCAGGUGGGCCUGUUCCUGAUCGUGUCCAGCGCUGCCUGCUGUGGCAUCGUCAUGUUUGUGUUCUACAUUGACUGCGACCCUCUCCUACUGGGGCGCAUCUCUGCCCCAGACCAGUACAUGCCUCUGCUGGUGCUGGACAUCUUCGAAGAUCUGCCUGGCGUCCCUGGGCUCUUCCUGGCCUGUGCUUAUAGUGGCACCCUCAGCACAGCAUCCACCAGCAUCAAUGCCAUGGCUGCAGUCACUGUAGAAGACCUCAUCAAACCUCGGCUGCAGAACCUGGCACCCAGGAAACUCGUGAUUAUCUCCAAGGGGCUCUCACUCAUCUACGGAUCGGCCUGUCUCACUGUGGCAGCUCUGUCCUCGCUGCUUGGAGGAGGUGUCCUCCAGGGCUCCUUCACAGUCAUGGGAGUCAUCAGCGGCCCCCUCCUUGGAGCCUUCAUCUUGGGAAUGUUUCUGCCAGCCUGCAACACUCCGGGAGUCCUCUCGGGACUGGGCGCGGGCUUGGCGCUGUCGUUGUGGGUGGCCUUGGGCGCCACGCUGUACCCACCCAGCGAGCAGACCAUGAGGGUCCUGCCGUCGUCGGCUGCCCGCUGCGUGGCUCUCUCAGUCAAUGCCUCUGGCCUGCUGGACACGGCUCUCCUCCCUGCUAACGACUCCAGCAGGGCCCCCAGCUCAGGAAUGGAUGCCAGCCGACCCGCCUUAGCUGACAGCUUCUAUGCCAUUUCCUAUCUCUAUUAUGGUGCCCUGGGCACGCUGACCACUGUGCUGUGCGGAGCCCUCAUCAGCUGCCUGACAGGCCCCACCAAACGCAGUACCCUGGCCCCGGGAUUGUUGUGGUGGGACCUCGCACGGCAGACAGCAUCAGUGGCCCCCAAGGAAGAAGUGGCCAUCCUGGAUGACAACUUGGUCAAGGGUCCUGAAGAACUCCCCGCUGGAACCAAGAAGCCGUCUGGCUUCCUGCCCACCAGUGAGGACCAUCUGUUUUUCCUGGGGCAGAAGGAGCUGGAGGGGGCUGGCUCCUGGACCUCCUGCAGCAGACAUGAUGGUGGUAGAGACCAGCGGGAGACAAACCUCUGAGGACAGAGCCAGCUGCUAACUGACACCCUGGGAUGGAACCUCAGGAUGGGUCAAUCCCAGACCACGGGCCCACGGCCUCGGGCUGCGAUUGGCUAGAUUGCCUUGUAUGCAGAUGAGUUCAGGACUACAAGCCCCUACCCCAUGGGGAGGCCCUGCCUCCAGGAGGUCAUUUUUAAAAUCCAGCCCCUUGCUUCAACCGUUCCUAGUAUU